CUGUUGUGCUCUGGCACGUCCGUUGGGAGGCGGGCGCGGAGGAUGGUUCAGCGUUGCCGGCGCCUCGCCCAGACCUUCCUGCGGGUCUCCGUCACCCAGCCUCCCAGAAACUGCGUGCUGGAUGCGCAUUCGGGCGUUUCCGGCAGGUACAUCUCUUGUACAGAGCAUAUUGCUGGGCUUUUUUCCCCCUUUUAUCCUGUUUGUUAUUUUAAUAGGUCCUGGCUCCACGAAGAUAAGACAGAUCUGUGAUGUGAGUAGAAAGAAGAUUGAAGAGCAGGUAUCUAUCGUGGAAGAAGAUCUCCUGACCUGAGACGACCUCCAGAGGCUGGAGUGUCCUGGGAUAGAGUGGGCCUGGGAAUUGCUGGAGCUGCAGUCUCUCUUUACCCUUCUGUUCAGAAUGGGCGAGGCCUGAAUGACAUCUCAACCUUCAGAGAUCAGCAGUAGCUGUGUGGCAAUGGAGCAUUUGAGCCAGAUGAUGGGAAGGAGAGCUUGGCGUUCUCAGGACUCUGCCCUUUUCAAGGAAGAAGAGGAUAUGACCAGGUCUCUUGAAACAGUGACAUUUAAGGAUGUGGCCGUGGACCUCACCCAGGAGGAAUGGCAGCAAUUGAAACCUGCUCAGAGGAACUUGUACCGGGACGUGAUGCUGGAGAACUACAGCAACUUAGUCACAGUGGGCUAUGAAGUCACCAAACCAGAUGUGAUCUUCAAGUUGGAGCAGGAAGAGGAACCAUGGGUGGUAGAGGAAGAAAUGUUUGGGAGCCACUGUCCAGAAGUUUGGGAAGUUGAUGAGCACAUCAAGAAGCAACAGGAAACACUUGUGAGGAAAGUCACAUCCAUCUCCAAGAAAACUCUGGUCAAGGAAAAUGUCAUUGAAUAUAAAAAAGUUACAAAAAUAUUUCCUCUGAGCUCAGACAUUGUUACUUCAAGACAAAGCUUCUGUGAAUGUGACUCACUUGAUAAGGGUUUGGAAGAUAAUUUAGACUUACUUAAUUAUGAGAAGGCCUGUGUAACAGAGAAAAAUUAUGAAUGUAAUAAGUAUGGGAAACCAUUUUACCAUUGUUCAUCCCAUGUCGUAACCCCCUUUAAGUGUAAUCAGUGUGGACAAGAUUUCAGCCAUAAAUUUGACCUCAUCAGGCAUGAGAGAAUUCAUGCUGGAGAGAAACCCUAUGAAUGUAAGGACUGUGGAAAAGCCUUCAGCAGAAAGGAAAAUCUUAUUACACAUCAAAAAAUUCAUACUGGGGAAAAACCAUAUAAGUGUGAUGAAUGUGGAAAAGCUUUCAUUCAGAUGUCAAACCUUAUUAGACACCAGAGAAUUCAUACUGGGGAGAAGCCGUAUGCAUGUAAAGAUUGUUGGAAAGCCUUCAGUCAGAAGUCAAAUCUCAUUGAACAUGAGAGAAUUCAUACUGGAGAAAAACCCUAUGAAUGUAAGGAAUGUAGAAAAUCCUUCAGCCAAAAGCAGAAUCUUAUUGAGCAUGAGAAAAUUCAUACUGGGGAGAAACCUUAUGCAUGCAAUGAAUGUGGUAGAGCUUUUUCGCGAAUGUCAUCUGUUACUCUACACAUGAGAAGUCACACAGGAGAGAAACCUUAUAAAUGUAAUAAAUGUGGAAAAGCCUUCUCUCAAUGUUCAGUGUUUAUUAUACAUAUGAGAAGUCAUACAGGUGAGAAACCCUACAUAUGUAGUGAAUGUGGGAAAGCAUUCUCUCAAAGUUCAUCCCUUACUGUACAUAUGAGAAAUCAUACAUCUGAGAAACCCUAUGAAUGUAACGAAUGUGGGAAAGCCUUCAGCCGGAAAGAAAAUCUCAUUACACAUCAGAAAAUUCAUACUGGAGAAAAACCUUAUGAAUGUAAUGAAUGUGGGAAAGCUUUUAUUCAGAUGUCAAACCUCAUUCGACACCAGAGAAUUCAUACUGGGGAGAAACCCUAUGCAUGUACAGUAUGUGGGAAAGCCUUUAGUCAGAAAUCGAAUCUCACUGAACAUGAGAAAAUUCACACUGGAGAGAAACCUUACCAUUGUAAUCAGUGUGGAAAAGCUUUCUGUCAGAGACAAAAUCUCCUUGAGCAUGAAAAAAUUCAUACUGGAGAGAAACCAUUUAAAUGUAAUGAAUGUGGUAAGGCCUUCUCUCGAAUCUCAUCCCUUACUCUUCAUGUGAGAAGUCAUACAGGGGAGAAACCAUAUGAAUGUAAUAAAUGUGGAAAAGCCUUCUCUCAGUGCUCGUUACUUAUUAUACAUAUGAGAAGUCAUACUGGUGAGAAACCCUUUGAAUGUAAUGAAUGUGGGAAAGCCUUCUCUCAAAGAGCAUCUCUUUCUAUACAUAAGAGAGGUCAUACAGGUGAGAAACGCCGAGAGUACUAAAUGAGGGAAGGCCUUGUCUUAAGUUCAACCCAUGCUUUACUUAACUUUUGAAAUAUCUUGGCAUAAACUCAAAAAAAUGAACAAGAUCUUUAUGGAAAAAUUCUGAAGCUUUAUUAGAGGGCCUAAGACUUGAAUAAGUGGAGAGAAAUAUCAUUUAUGUAGAUGUAAAAACUCUAUCAUAAAAAUAUCAGUUAUCCCAAAAUUAAUCUAUAGACUUAAUAUAGUUCCAAACAUCUAACAAGAAUUUUCUAGGAUCUUUACAAAAUGAUUCUAAAAUUUGUGUGAAAUAGAAGUCUAUGGAUUGCCGAGACUAUUUUGAAAAAGAACAGAGAGGACACACCUUCUACCAUAUACUACACAUGUUAUAAAGUUAUGGUCAUUAAAUACUGUGUGUGGUUAGUGCACGAAUAGGUAAGUAAACAGAUUUUACAGAACAAAAUGCCUAGAAAUAAGCCAAUGAAUAUAUGUGAACGUGCUGUAUAUUAGACAUGACAUCAUGAAUCAGUAGGGAAAUGACAGCCUACUCUGUAAAAAUUGGAGUAUUUGACUCUCCAUAUUGGGGAAAAUAAAAUUACAUACAACCUUACAACAUAUAAAGAAACAGAAUUCCGAAGGAUUUGAACUUGUAAAAGCCAAGCUCUGAAAUUCUUGGAAAGAAGUACAGGAUGCUGUCUAUGACUUUGAGGCAGGGAAGCAUUUCUUAAAAGACAAAAGGACUCUGCAGUUUCACUUAAUGGAUAUACAUCCUGAAGAAACUCACAGGUAUGCAUAAGAAAUAUAUAUAUUUUAAUUGAAAACAACAUAAAUAUCAAUGGGGUAAUGGAUGAAUAAAAUGUGAUGUAUUCAAGUAAUGGAACAAUAUACACAGUUAAAAGCAAUGGAUUAAAUCUGUCUUUUGUACGUGGGUAGUUAUCUAAAACAAUGUUGAAUGAAAAAAAUCAAGAUCCGGAUGAAACGUAUUGUGUAAUGACAUUCAUGUAAAUUGGAAUGAAAUCAUUCAUAAAGAACAGAACUAUGUUUUUAUUAUUGAGAUAUGUAUGUAAACUAUUUAAAAUGAACUAGGAGGAAACAUACCAAAUUAUUUGUUAGUGGUGUUUCUGGCAGGAGAUUAGGAUUGAGGGUGUUGAUCAAAGGGGGUUUUUAGCUUUACUUGUAAUUUUUAUGCCUUAAAAAAAAGAUUGGUAGCGUGUAAAAUAAAUCUUAAAAGUUAACGAUACGCAAUGGUAAUAUGGAUGUCUUGUCUUAAUAGUGUUUUUGUAGUUAUUUCUCAGAAUUUAUAGGCUAGGGGAAGCCUAUGCCCAUAGAAAAAACAUUAUAAUGGGUUCAUAUGCCCUAUCAGAUGCUGAACUAUUUUAUCAAAAACAUUUUCAGAAAAUUAGUAAAUAGAAGUGAUAGUUCUAUUUACAAUAUAAAAUAAAAUUAUCAUGUUUUAUCAAUCUUAUCCUUUUUUUUUUACAUUUUAGUAUUUCUUAAAAUGAGUCAUCUUUCAACCAAUUAUGUCUUAGAUUCAAGUAAAUAUGUAAUUAUUAAAAGUUUGAAAGUCAGAUGGCACUGUGACAAAUCAAAUGUGAUUUUAUUUACUAUUUUACGGCAUCAUAGUCUACUAAUGAUCCCUA